AUGGGUUUGGCGCUGUAUCUGGACUUUAUGUCCCAGCCCUGCCGUGUGGUCUACCUCUUCGCCAAGGUUAAUCGCAUCCCCUUCCAGAUGCAGAGCAUGGAGCUGCUCCGGGGGCAGCACAUGACUGAUGACUUUGCCAAAGUGAACAGCCUGAAGAGACUGCCGGCCAUGAAAGAUGGAGAUUUCACCUUGGCAGAGAGUGUAGCCAUCCUGCACUACCUGAGUCAGAAAUACAACACCCCAGCUCACUGGUAUCCUCUAUACCUGCAGGCCCGGGCACGGGUUGAAGAAUAUCUGUACUGGCAUGCUGACUCCAUUCGAGGCACGUUUGGCACAAUGUUAUGGAUCCGGGUACUGGCUCCUCUCAUUGAUGUCCACAUCCCCAAGGAGAAAGUGGACAGGAACAUAGCCUUCAUGAUGCAAUCCCUACAACAUCUGGAGCAGAAGUUCCUGCAGGACAAACCCUUCCUCACUAGUGACCAGAUAUCCUUUGCUGAUCUGAUGGCGCUGGAGGAACUGAUGCAGACCUUCUAUGCUGGUUUUGAUGUCUUCGAGGGAAGGCCCAAGCUGGCAGCUUGGCGUGGGCGGGUGGAGGCCACCUUGGGGGAGAAGCUAUGCCAAGAGACCCGGGAAGCCAUCUGUAAAUUUUGUGCAGAGCCCAAGUCCUUGAAGGACAUCCCCUCUGCCACUCUGGAUUGGAUGAGAUUACGUCUUUCAAAGAUCCCCUAAUACAAGACAUUUCCAAACAAUGCUGUCUGUAAUCUGGUCAUCUGCCUUCCUCCUCCUCCUCACUCCAGAUCCUGGACUCUGCCUCUGGGACACUGG